UUGUUAGCGACUCUUCGCAUAAACCCUAACCAUGUUGUGCCGCCGGCUGGCCCUCUUCGGGUCCACUCUCCCGUCCACACCAAUCGCCGCCCGGGCUUACCGCUCCAGCAGCCUCAUUCCCCUGGCGGAGGAGUACCUCCUCAAGAGCCGUAUUGUCUUCCUCACCGGUCCUAUCUCCGAUACCAAAUCCUCUGAUGUCAUUGACAAACUUCUUUUCCUUGAGUUCCAAGACAACCGAAAGCCCAUCCACCUCCACAUUGGCUCCCCCGGGGGUUCAGUCAGUGCCGUCCUUUCGAUAUAUAACACGAUGAAGUACAUCCGUUCCCGUGUCACCACCCUCUGCCUCGGCCAGGCCUCAUCCAUGGCCUCGCUACUCCUUGCAGCUGGCGCUCCUGGCGAGCGUCGCAUAUUCUCCAAUUCUACUGUCAUGAUCCAUCAGCCAUAUAGGCAUAUGGCCGGCCCGGCCGUGGACAUCGGUGUCCAACAUAUUCUCAAACUCCGUGAGUGUCUCAACCAAAUCUACAGCCACCACACGGGGCAGCCUAUUGAGCGAAUCGAGCAGUGCACGGAGCGUGACAUGUACAUGUCCGCUGAUGAGGCCAAGGAAUUUGGUAUAGUUGACGAGGUAAUUGUGCCCCGGCGUUUGGCAGGUUCCUCUAACGAAGGAACUAAAAGCUGUACUGAUGAUGGAAGUGCGGUCAAGGAACAGAAAUUAUGGUUCCAGUAAGGCCUAGGCACUUUUCCUCUUGUUCUCGCGGGCUUACUUAGGGGAUAGUUUGUUCUGAAUGACUGGAUCGUGCUGCGUCAUACUUGUUGGAAGUCUUAGACUAAGUUUCUCUUUCUAAUUAUAAUCAAUAUGCUGUGAUCGAAUCAUCAAAUUUUACAGUUUUUGAAUCGGUGAGUGUAAUUAUGUUAUGGAUCCCGAUUUGAGAAAUGUGCUUUGAUAGGUGCAUCAAAUUUUACA